AAAGAAGAGCCAAAUUUGAGCUAACCUGAAAGUUUGAGGGCUAAGUUGAACCUUAUUCCUUCUUUUGGCAAAAAAAUUGACUGCCUUCCCUUUUGUUUGUUUGAUACAGAAACCCUAGCUUUACUCUGUUAACCGCCAUUCUAAGCGGUUGUUACAGGCAGCGAAGAUGUCGUCGACGCUAUUGGAGGUAACACGGGCGACUCAUGAGGAGGUGGAGAGGCUAGAACGAUUGAUAGUGAAGGAUCUCCAGAAUGAGCCAACGUCAAACAAGGACCGUCUCUUUCAAAGCCACCGUGUUCGUAACAUGAUCGACGAUAUCAUCUCUAAGUCACACAAACUCGUUGAGAUUUAUGAGGAUAAGGAUAAUUCAAGAAAAGAUGAGAUUGCUGCGCUUGGUGGCCAAACAGCUACAGGAACGAACGUGUUUAGUGCGUUUUAUGAUAGACUGAAAGAGAUACGUGAGUACCAUAGAAGGCAUCCGGCUGCACGUGGUGUUGUUGAUGCUAACGAGGAUCAUGAGGCAUCUCUUAAAGAGGAACCUGCUGUUGAUUUUACUGGCGAGGAAGCAUUUGGGAAAUAUCUGGACAUGCAUGAGUUAUACAACCAGUACAUCAAUUCUAAAUUUGGGGAGCCUAUUGAGUACUCUGCUUACCUUGAUAUUUUUCCCCAACUGCAUAAUAUCCCUCGUAAGCUGAAAUUGAAUAGGCAAUACAUGGAAUAUAUGGAGAACUUGCUUCAGUAUUUAAUCUCUUUUUUCCAGCGGACAGAGCCCUUGCAAGAUCUUGAUAGGAUAUUCUCAAAGGUGGUAAGUGAAUUUGAAGAGCAGUGGGAAAUUGGCAAAUUGCAAGGAUGGGAGAGGGAUGUCCAUGAAAAUGGCGAAGUUCCAGCUCAGCAUUCUGUGAUUGAUCUCGAUUAUUACAGCACAAUUGAAGAACUGAUGGAUGUAGGUCCUCAAAAAUUAAAGGAGGCAUUGGCUGCAUUAGGACUAAAGACUGGUGGUACAAUUCAGCAGCGUGCAGAAAGGCUUUUCCUGACAAAGCACACACCUCUUGAAAAUUUGGACAAGAAACACUUUCUGAGAGGUUCACGUGGGACAGAACAGAAUGGAGGUGCAGCUGCCUCGAGAGAAGCUGAAAAUUCAAAAGAAAUUGCCUUGACGGAGGCCAAAAUAACUAGGCUGUGUGAUUUACUGGAUGAGACAAUUGUACGAACAAAAGAGAAUAUUGUUAAGAAGCAGGCUUUGACAUAUGAUGAAAUGGAAGCAGAACGUGAGGAGGAAGAGACACAAGCUGACACUGAAAGUGAUGAUGAAGAACAACAGAUUUACAAUCCGCUCAAGUUACCGAUGGGUUGGGAUGGAAAGCCUAUACCUUACUGGCUGUAUAAACUUCAUGGUCUUGGUCAGGAAUUCAAGUGUGAGAUAUGUGGGAAUUACAGUUACUGGGGGCGCAGGGCUUUUGAGCGGCAUUUCAAGGAGUGGAGGCAUCAACAUGGGAUGCGUUGUCUUGGCAUUCCGAACACCAAGAAUUUCAACGAGAUCACAUCAAUUGAGGAAGCAAAAGAAUUAUGGAAAAGAAUACAAGAGCGGCAAGGAGUGAACAAGUGGCGACCAGAUCUUGAAGAGGAGUAUGAAGACAGAGAGGGGAAUAUUUACAACAAAAAGACAUACACUGAUCUGCAGCGCCAGGGAUUGAUCUAAGUUUAAUACACUGCCGGAUAAACCUGCUUUCAAAUGGACACAUUUUUGUAGUUUGGUUGAUAGCAACCUACCUUAAUCCAAUAGCCAUGAGCCAAUUGAAGUUCUCGAACGUCGGUAUAACCACCCAGGCCCUGUCUAUGGAGUACUGCCAUGUAUUGUGUUAGUGUGGACACCAUUUGACAAUGUGAAAGGAAUGGAUGAGCUUUAGUUAGGAAUUCGUUUUGCUCUCCGCAUCCCUCCUUUUCUCUGUACGCAUUUGUAUUCUGUGUUGUGUGUUACUGCUUAGAUCAUUACGAAAGAAAACACUUACAUGAAGUAUGACAAAUGGAAUCAAAUUUGUUUAAUGAUUAAAUAGUAUAUUAACAUCGACCUUGUCUUUUAAGGUCCCA